CCCGGUGUCCGUGGGCGGCGGUGCCGCGGCCUUCCCGUCGGGAUCCCGGCAUGAGCCGCGCCUGGCAGGCUCUCCGCGCUCUGCGGUUGCGGCUCGUGGGGCCUGCCAAAGAGCUGGUGGGCACCGACCAGUUUGGCAACAAGUACUACCGGGUGCCCAAGUACGAGAGCCGCGCAGGGCAGAUUAUACCAGAAAGAAGAUUUGUAGAAGCAGUAAAUCGUGAAGCGUAUCAGUAUCAAAUUGGUGACUUUCCAGCAGAAUGGGAAGCAUGGAUAAGAAAAAAGAGAGAAGAUCCACCCACAAUUGAGGAGAUUCUUAGGAAUGAAAGUUAUAGAGAAGAAAUGAAGCAGAAAGUCAAGGAUGUAUCUGAAAAGGAUAAGCUGCUUCAGGCCAAGGAGUAUGAGGAAGGACUUGUUGCUGAACCAAGUCAUACUCAGGUUAAAGGCCACGCAUCUGCCCCUUACUAUGGAAAGAAGGAGCCCUCACAAGACCCCACGAGCACUGCAAAUACCUUCCAGCCAGGUGCCUGGAUGCCACCAGGCAGUGGUAGCAGUCAAAAUAAAUAAGCUUUAAUGGACAGGUACUGUUAAUGGAUUAAUAUUUUAAGAGACGACAUACACAGCUGUUAUAUACAAGAGUACAAUAAAGUAGUAUUAAACCAGUUUGAGUUACUUUUGCAGAACUAUUCAAAUAGGCUUGAUCAUGACAAAGUAUUGUUGAGGUGUUUAGGUUUUGUGAAAAACGGUGUGUUACUAAGUUUGGUUUUGAGAGUUGCUGCUCAUCAGUUACUCUUGAAUUCAUUCUUAAAAGACUAUCUAAAUUUUCUUUAAGUCUAAAUUGCUUUUUUCUUUGAAGACUAAUUUAGUUUUAAAACUGUUCUUGAUGUAAGAAUUGUUGUCUGUACACUUACAUUUUCCCAAGCCUUGGCCAAGACAUCUCUUCAGAAUAAAUCCCUUGGCAGUGCCAGCAUGCUUUCGGCUGGCAAGCAGACAGAAAAGUUGAUUUCAUUAAUAGGAAUCACUAUGACACUACACUGAUUAUGCACUGUACUCAUCGUAGAGACUUUCUUGUAACUUAAAACAAUCAGCAUAUUUGAAUGUUUGAUUUUAAAACAGUCAACAUAUUUGAGUGUUUGAUUUGCAGACAGAAAUUUGUGCAGGGUAAAACCAGUUAAAAUAAAUAUAACUGCUAUAAUAGAAGCUAGAAGUACUUGAUAAAGCUGCUGGAAAAUAACACUAGGUCUGAGACAAGGGGCUGUCAUAAAUAUUAAAAAAAAAAAAUUAGUUUUUAUUCCUUGUCUAUCCAUGGACUUCCCUAGAUGAUGAGAUCAUUUUGGCCAUAGUUUAGAUACAUAAAAUGUGCAGAUUAUUUGCUUAGAGAUGAUGUUUGAGAACUUAAAAUAAAAAUGAAGACCACACAA